UUCUCAAGAUCAUCCUUGCCUUCCUCUGAGUAAUAGAAAAAUGGAAACACAGGACAAGAUCAGCGCAUUACCUGAUGAAGUCUUGGGUCACAUUUUGUCUUUCCUUUCAACUCAAGAGGCCAUUUCCACAAGUCUUGUCUCUAAGCGGUGGCAGCCAUUGUGGCUCUCCAUCCCCAUCCUUGAUCUCGAUGACAUAACUUUUAUCCAAAAUGGUAAAUCCUACUCCUCCUUUUUUAAUUUUGCUUUUGGCUCCCUCCUAGCACGUAAUGUGCAACAACCCCUCAAACUUGCACGCCUCCGCUUCAACUCUUGCGGAUAUGACAACAACUUCCCCUACUCCCAUUUCAAGAUAUGGGUAAAUGCUGUUAUUCAACGUGGUCUUGAGCACCUUCAGAUUGAGAUGCCCCGUCCAUUUGAGUUGCCAAACAUUAUCUUGAAUUGCAAAACGCUUGUUGUUCUUAAGUUGUAUCGGUUCCGUGUGAAUGCUCUUGGGUUAGUUCACUUACCCGCACUUAAAACAUUGCAUUUGGAUAAUUUUACUAUGUUGGAGACUUGGCAUCUAGCAAAGGUUCUUCAUGAGUGUCCCAUUCUAGAGGAUUUGCGAGCGAAUAAUAUGUUUUUUUACAACAAGUCAGAUGUGGUAGAGUUUCAGAUCAUGCCCAAGUUAGUGAAAGCAGAGAUUAAAGUUAAUUUUAGGUUUGAGAUUCCUCUGAAGGUAGCAUCUAAUGUGGAGUAUCUGAGAUUCUUCAUCAAGCCUGACACAGAGUGUUUUCCUGUGUUUCACAAUUUGAUUCACUUGGAGGUCAGCUUUUGGUUCGUUGUUAGGUGGAAUUUGGUGUUUGAAAUGAUUAAGCAUUGCCCUAAGCUUCAAACUUUUGUGCUUUUUUUGCCAUUGGAAUCAUUUCCUCCCAUGGUUUGGACUUUCCCACAAAUUGUUCCUGAAUGCAUUUCUUCAAAACUAAGAAGGUGUACUAUUAUGAAUUAUAAAGGUAAGAAGUAUGAGCUACAAUUUGCAAAAUAUAUAUUGCAGAAUUCAAGAGCUUUACAGUCCAUGACAAUCCAUAAUAAAAGAGUCAGAAAUACAUAUUUCGCAAAUCCUCAGGACAAGAUUAGAAUCUUGCAAGAAUUAGCCAUGUGCCCAAAGAGCUCUACAACUUGCAAAAUUUUAUUUAAAUCAUAAUUAGUAGGCUUGUAAGUGGGUACUAAUUGUUCCUAAAUAAUUAUUACAUUUUCAAUUGGUUGA